AAAAUUUGACUGUUUUGGGUUCUUAGUGUUUCUGUGUUUGUCAAAUAUCCCAAACAUAAAGCUCUUUGAAAUGGUCCAAGCGAGUCUUUACUUUCAUGUGAAGUAAGUCAGCAUUACAAGAUGAUUGAGUUCAGCUGUUCCAUUUGUUUGAGAAGCUUCCCAAGGCUAAGUAAACUUAAAAAACAUUACAAGAAGAGACACAGGGAGCUGACCUGCUUGGAGUGCUGCUUCUGUGACUAUUUUACUCUAGACAACAGCCAGUUUGUCGCGCACAAGAAAGCAGAUCAUCCUCGUGACAGGUUCGCCUGUCAAAACUGUGACUACACCACCAAAAGCUGGAAGCGUAUCAGCAAACACCACACUGAUGUUCAUGUGAAUGAUGUAUCUUCUGAAUCAGGCGUUUGUGGGUCUACAGACAAUGUAAUACAACAGGAGGUGGUGGAGGUAAAACCUGAGAUUGAUUCAGAAAACUGGGGAUCUUCGUAUAAUAAUUUCAGUGCUGACCAUUGGUGCGAUGAAAUGAAAUCAGUAGUCACCGAUGAAAUGAAAUCAGUAGUCAGUGAUUCUCAGAGCCAAGAUAUGAGCGAUGCGUUAACUUUAGAAAAAAAUCGGACAAGUGAAGUUUAUAUUAAGGAAAAGAAACGAAAUACUGAUCAAGAUUUUGGUAACUCAUCGCAAGCUUUAUGCGCUUGUGGGCGGGCUUCAUUUUGUCAAAUUUGUAGUUCAUUAACAGUUAAAAAACAGGUAAUUAGGAAACAUAUGAGGAAAACUACAACCCCAAAACUGUUUGUGUGUGAUUUGUGUGAAAAGUCCUUUGAGACAGAAAAACACCUGACCUCCCACAGAGAUCUGCAUUCAAAGGAAAAUUGUUUUCUUUGUGCUUAUUGCGAUAGGUACUUCAAUUCUUCCGAGGACCUUGAACUUCACUCCCACCAGCACCUGAAAUCCAAGCCGUACAGGUGCGAGUUUUGCGAGAAAUGCUACACGUCGAAAUACACACUAAAAAGGCAUCUAAUGAUCCAUGAAGGUCAACGUCCUUUUCAGUGUGAAAUGUGUGAUUACGCCUCCAGUCAGAGAACUACCCUUGAUGUUCAUAUGAGAAAACACUACAAUGAGCGGGACUACCAGUGCAAGUUGUGCCAGUAUAGCUCGGUUAAUAAGGUCAACUUGGAUGUUCAUAUGUUAACGCACAACGGGGAGAAGCCGUUUCGCUGUAAUAUUUGUGGGAAAAAAUUCCGACAGCGCUAUCAUUUGAUAAAUCAUAAAGAAAGAAUUCAUAGGGAUUUAUGUGAUUGAAUUAAUUGGGGAAAUUCCAAUAAAUGGGGACAAUUUUUAAACGCGGGACAUACCAAUAAAUUGGAGUCAUUAAAAAAAAGGGAUCAUUUCAUUAAAUGGAGUAAGAAGACAUUUUAAAAAAAUGGAAUUUUUUUUAUAGGUAGGUUGAAUAGCUAAUAAAAUAAAAAGGGACAUUGGAUAAAUGAGGAAAAUUAAAUAAAAGGGAACACAUGAAUAAAUUAAGACAAUUUUCAAAAGAAAGGAGUAAGUAAACACAGGAGGUAGUUCUCUAAUAGAGCAGAAUGAAUUUAUACAAGGAGAUUAAAGAUUUCUUAUACUUUGUUGAAACUAUUUUUUUAUAAAAUAGUGACAAUGUUGUCAAUAGUUUAAUGACAUGUUUUGUAUGAAAUUUUUUUUUUUCAAAUUUAUUUAUUAUAAAAUGUCAUAAUGUUUUAAACUUGUAUGCUGAAUGUCAUGACAUUUAAAACUGGUAUGUCAAAUGCCAUCACACUUGUAAUGUGUAUGCCAAAUGCCAUCACACUUCUAGUGUGUAUGCCAAAUGUCAUGACCCUUUAAACUUGUAUGCCAAAUGUCAUGGCCCCUGAACUUGAUUGCCAAAUCUGAUGACACUUCAAACUUACAAGCAUUAUUGUUGGUAUACAAUCAGUAAAAAAAUGUAUUCAGUGUCCUCUUAUGAAAUUAACAUUUCAAUAUUUCUUUCUAGAUUUGAACCUCUGGCAUAAAAAUGUGUCAAAUAAGCCAGUCGCCUGGCAACCUUUUUUGUGCUACAUGCUAAUUUAUGUAUUAUUUCUACUUCUACUAAGAUGAAGCUUGAUCUAUUAUUUGAUUUUAAAAAGUUAGUGUUAUUCUGUUAGGGUAAAGUUCAGGGAAUUAAAGCGUACAAUUGAUUUGGUCGCUUCUCUGUUUUGAAAAAUACCCAAAUAACAUUGACGAGCCAAUUAAAUGUUAUACACCUAUAUGUUGGUAUAGGCAUACAUAAAAGCACACUAUUGAAAUAAUAAAUUAUGAUUUCUUGUUCAGUCUUGUGGUCUUAGAAGAAAUGUUGUAGUGUUUUUCAGUGCUAUUUUGUGUUUCUUAUAAUAUUUCAAAGAUCCAAUUGUUCAAAUCCUUAGUUAAUUAAAAUUGUAUUGUCAUUUAAAAUUUUUAACAUCUAGUUCUAUUUAAUAAAACUUAAUCUAUUUUUGUUUAAGAUAAAUAAUACAUACAGAAACAAUCCUAUUAUAAUUUUUUAAUUAUUGAAAUUGUUGGCUUAAUUAUCUUUGUAA